ACCACGUGUCUGUUGGUGAUUUGACCGAAGGUUGGCGAACGUUUUAGGGCUCCACGCCCCCUCGGCCGAAGAAAACUGAAACAAAGGGAGGCCGACCGAGCGUCGAAGUAGAUCGGAGAAGAAAGAAAGAGGCCGAGGGUUUUGUUUCGGAGGAAGGAAGAGUUUAGGAAACAGAAUUGCUAUGUCGCCGGCCGAAUCGUCCCGUGAAGAGAAUGUCUACAUGGCCAAGCUGGCCGAGCAGGCCGAACGGUACGAGGAGAUGGUGGAGUUUAUGGAGAAGGUAGUGAAGACGGCCGACGUGGAGGAGCUGACCGUCGAGGAGCGCAACCUCCUCUCCGUGGCUUACAAGAAUGUGAUCGGUGCUCGCCGGGCUUCGUGGCGCAUCAUCUCCUCCAUCGAGCAGAAGGAGGAGAGCCGUGGGAAUGAGGACCGUGUCGGCUUGAUCAAGGAGUACCGCGGCAAGAUCGAGGCUGAGCUUAGCAAGAUCUGUGAUGGGAUCCUGAAACUGCUCGACUCCCACCUCAUCCCCUCGGCCACUGCUGUGGAAUCUAAGGUGUUCUACCUUAAGAUGAAGGGGGAUUACCACAGGUACCUUGCGGAAUUUAAAACUGGAGCUGAGAGGAAAGAAGCAGCUGAGAGCACACUGUUGGCAUACAAAUCUGCUCAGGAUAUUGCAUUGGCUGAAUUGGCUCCAACUCAUCCAAUAAGGCUUGGGCUUGCACUCAAUUUCUCAGUGUUUUAUUAUGAGAUCCUGAACUCACCAGACCGUGCUUGCAGUCUUGCAAAACAGGCUUUUGAUGAGGCCAUUUCAGAGCUUGACUCCUUGGGUGAGGAAUCUUACAAGGACAGCACCUUGAUCAUGCAGCUUCUCCGAGACAACUUGACACUGUGGACAUCCGAUAUCACAGAGGACGGAGGUGAUGAGAUCAAGGAAGCUCCCAAACGGGAAUCAGGAGAAGGGCAGUGAUGAGAAAUCAGAUGUCUGGCCUAUGCUGCUACCUUGUGCCCUAAAAUUGGUGUUUUCAAUCCUAGAUGUAGUGAGAAUUCAUGUGCUUGGACAUUGUUGCCCUUUUUACUGCUGUGGCGUGUGGAUGAACCUCUUAUCUAUCUUUACAAAUGUUUUAAUGGCUGGAUUGUUCUUGCUUGUUAGUGUUUCAUUAUAUUUUCUUUAUUUCAUAGUAGUGGAAGAUUUAAAGCUAGCAGAUGUUAAACAAGGUACAAACUAAUCAAGUCUAAGUAGCAUCUCUUAGCUUGGUGCUGUUUUUUACCA